UGUCUGCCAGCCGCUGGCGACCCCGCCCACAGCAGUGAUUAUUGUGUCUGGUACAGAAACGCGGUCCGGUUUUUACUCCACAAAACCUCCUCGUCUAGACUAACUGCAUAAGACAGAGGAGGGAGGGUGGUCUGGAACGGGUCUGAGAGAAGCUUGGUCCGGUUUGGAACGGGUUUGACCCGGUCUGGACCAUUGGUAAAGAGAGACGGAGGGAAAGUUUGCUUCAGCUACGGUUCACGUCUCUGCAGCGCCGCCGGCAGUCAUGUUCAGGUAGAGACCGGCUCCACGGCGCCCACCAUGCGGAAGCAUCUGGACAGGAUCCGGUUCCGGGGCCAGAGACGGGACGAGUUCCUGGAUCUGGUCGAUUCGCCCAACACGUCGGACACCGAAUGCACCGAGGAGGCCGUGACUAAAGCUCCGGUCUCCGUCAGAGAGCCGGAGGAGCAGAGGGAGGCGGAGGGAGAGCAGCAGGGUGACGCCCAGGCCGGCCCGGGAUCAUUUUCUGCAGCUCUCCAAGACGACGCGAGGACCGAUCUUAACGAGGUCAAAGGUCACCUAGAAAUCGCCUUGUUAGAGAAACACUUCCUACAGGAGGAGCUGAGGAAACUUAAAGAGGAGUCCAACGUGGACUCACUGAGACAGGAGCUGGAGAGGGAGCGCAGCAGGUGCAUCGAGCUGGAGCAGAAAAUCAACAAUGUCCUGAAACCCAGACUCGAAGACUCACCUUCUCAGACACCUAAAGCCCCGUCUCCUCCUCCUCCUCCUGCAGUCAGCAGUACAGACAAACAGAAAGACACUUUGUCCAGCAGCUUCCUAAAAUGGCUUUAUGAUCGUUUUGGCGUUUAUAUCGAGGACUUCAGCUUCCAACCGGAGGAGCAGACGGUGGAGGCGGAGGAGCCGCUGAGUGCCAAGAGGUUGACUGAAAACAUGAGACGGCUCAAACGAGGAUUCAAACCUGUGACCAACUUCAAGAGGAACCUUACUGCCCUAUCCAGCUGGAACUCCGUCUACACGUCGGCCAUCGCCUUCAUCGUCUACAUGUACGCAGCGUGGCACGGCUGGGCCGUCCCCAUGUUCCUGUUCCUCGCCAUCCUCCGACUCUCCUUAAAUUGCCUCAUCGCCAGAGGCUGGAGGAUCCAGUGGAGCAUCGUACCUGAAGUCUCAGAGCCCGUGGAGCCUCCUAAAGAAGACCUGACUGUCUCAGAGAAGUUCCAGCUGGUUCUGGAUGUCGCUCAGAAAGCUCAGAAUCUGUUUGGGAAGAUGGCCAACAUCCUGGAGAAAAUAAAGAAUCUGUUCAUGUGGGUUCAGCCAGAGUUGACUCAGAAGCUGUACAUCGGUCUGUGGGUGGCCUUCAUCUCCUCCUGCCUGCUGCCGUUCAAACUGCUGGGAUUCUUCAUAGGUGUGUACGCAGGUAUAAAGUUCUUCAUCAUUGACUUCAUCUUUAAGAGUUGUCCCAAGCUGCGGCAGCGCUACGACACGCCCUACAUCAUCUGGACCAAUUUACCCACCGACCUGCAGCUGAAGGAGCGCAGCAACACCACGCUGAGCAGACGGCUGUCUGAGUGUGAACAGCCCACUGCGACGAGCGCCCGAGGGAGCGUCGGUGCUGCAGCUCCUCUGGGUGUCAGCCGGGACGAGGAUGGAGGACGGUACUACAGCACCAAGAGAGGAGCUUUUCACGAAGUCUUCAACCUGCCGGAGAGUGAGCGCCCUCUGACAGUGUGUGAGAACGGCUGGCGCUGCUGCCUCAUCAACAGAGACCGGAAGACACCGACAGACUACAUCCGCAACGGAGUCCUCUACGUCACCGAGAAUCAUCUGUGUUUCGAGAGCUCCAGCUCCAGAUCUGGAUCCUCCAAGAGGAACAAAGUCAUCAAACUGCUCGACAUCACUGACAUCCAGAAGUACAAAGUUUUGUCUGUGCUGCCUGGAUCUGGGAUGGGCAUCUCCAUAGCGACACCAUCCACCCAAAAGCCGAUGGUGUUCGGCGCGAUGAUCCACAGAGACGAGGCCUUCGACGCCAUCUUCACUCAGUACAUGAAGAUCGUUACCAUGGCUACAGCCACCGAACCGGAGACAUAGUAACGCCGUCACGCGACGGGCUGCCCUCGCACACACAAACACUGGACCUGUUUCACUGUAUUCGCCAGUGACGUCUUGAAACAGCUGCUGACGUCCGAUUGAGCUGCUCUCGCAUGAUCAGGGUCAGCUCUUCAGCCAACAAACUCAAUGAUCCCGUGACAUCACUGGUUGAUUAAUAUAGAGCUCAACAGUAAGCCUGAAUGGGGAAAAUCACUUCCGGAAAAAAGAGCCAUUCGAAAAGUCAAAGGCGGUCACCGUUGAGCUCUUUUACAUCAUCCGAUUCUAACAAAUCACUGAUUUUAUGUCCGAAUCAAGCGAUAACCAUUCCAAUCACUGUUCUUAAACCGUUUCGCAGAAAGCUCCCCCCAAGGCAGACCACUUUACGUCUUUUUGAGUGUUAAUUUACCAUAAAUUCUCAAAUGAAUGGCUGGGAUUUAAAUCUCAAAUAAUGGUCGGAAGGUGGCGUUACCUGAAACAUAAUGAUGAUAAUAAUAAUCACUUGAUUUCUGUACAACAGUCAUGUCACACUCGCCACUCUGCUAAAAAUACUUUCUCUGUAUAAUACUAAUACUAUUCUCAAACACUGAUUAUUUCCAGUUGUUUCUUCUUUGCCGUUGUUUUUAUUUACUCUAUCCCUGCAGUCAUUGAAGCUCAACACUUCCUGCACAGAUGCUUCACAUUAAAAGCCCUCCAAGGGCACAAUUCCUUUCUUACUUGAAAGGCUUUUAAUGUGACACAUCUGCAGGAACACUGAUAA